UCUGAUUUGAAUUUAUAAAACCAGACGCCUGAUAUCGGAAGAGAAUUCCUGGUCGAAAGAUUGAAAGAGUUUCUUGCACAAAGUAUUUACUCCGAUAUUAAAUAUGCCGAAACUACGCUUGACCUUGCUGCUUAUUUUUGGACUCUUCGGAAUUAGCAAAGCUUGUGAAGGCAUACCGAGAGACUGCGUGAAUGAGUUAGAGGCAGAUGCAAUUGAGUUUAACGGCUUACCAAAUGAAGAAGAGUUACGACGAAUGUGUCCAGUAAUCAUGGACCUUUUUGAGUGUCUACGACAGAAAUUCUUGAAGUGUCUUGGAACAACACCGGAAGAGGCAGCCCACUCGACAGAUGACCCAGAAAUCGCUGUAAUAGCUGAAUUUUUCUUAAAUGUUGAAGCAUUUGUCAAAGAAAUGUGUAAUGAAGAAAGUAACUUGCACAAAAGUUACGUCCGGACUCAACCCUGUACUAGCGAAUAUUUCGAUGACCCGAAAAUGGAAUGUAAAAGGGAAGCAGAAGCAGCAUAUGUCGCCUACAGACAUUUGACAGAAUUUCUGCCAGCGGAAGGUGAAGAAGUUGACAAAAACGCCAUGUGUUUGACGGAGGCUUACGCUUUCGCUUGUAUAGCCCAUGAUCUUCAGAUGAAAUGCAACGAAGAAGCUCGAAAUGUUUUUACAGGAAUAUUUCAAAGACUGAAUCCUCUGAAGGUCAUCUGCUCAGUUUCUAGCGUCGAUGAGUUAAAAACUCAUUUCCUGAAAUCUUUGGACAUGGAGCCGGAACGCAAAGAUGUUUUCUCUUUGGCUUUUAACGUGUUAAGGAAGAGGAGGAAGUAGUUAUUGCUUCACCUGCGGAUAAUAAGUUGACAGAUAUGUAUUCCUGGUGUCAAAUAAUCUUUCUAAAGCCAAUUAAAGUUUGAACUAAACAAAGAAAAUUCUGCUAAUUUUUUCUUAGUAACGCAAGUAUCGUAUUUUUGAAUCAUAGCAUUCUUAAAAAAGUCAUCAGUUCUGAAAAGAGCGUCAUUUUAUUUUUCUGCAAUAAAAUGUAUUAUCUUA